AUGACAGGCCCAGGACGCUCACCCUCUUCGCCUUGGGUGCAGAAUGCCCAGGGUGGUCAUCAUGAUGUUGGUGUCUCACAGACCUUUCAGUCUACCAUGUCGCCAUCCAAUAUGGGAACGAGGUCGAACGCUGCUUUUACAGAACUCUCAAGUCCUAAUUACUUCGGUAUGGCUGUGCAAGAUUCCAACGACCAACAAUCUUCCCAUCUAGGGACGCCAGCGCCCAAGCACUGGGGCACACUAUCCAACACGCAACGAGUACUGAGUGCAAAGCCACACGAAUCUUCGCAGGAACCAGUGCAAGCAGGGUUGAUGAAUUUUUUCCAGAAUGAACCCGAAACUAACCGGAUGCACCGGGGGUCGCCUGCUUCAUGGUCACAGCCCUCACCUGCACAUUCACCAGCAAACGUUUCACUCGGACAACACGGCAGAUUGAAGCCCGCAACCCCAAAGAACUCAGUGCACACUUCUCCAGGGGCUACUCCCGCAUCAUUUCCCUGGGUGUCACCUGAACGAUGCGCUGAACUGCUCGAGUCAUCUCAAUCAACCAUGAUGCUAUUCGAUGUUCGCCCUUUCGCUCAUUUCAGGCAGGCCAAUAUCAAAGGCUCACUCAACCUAUGCAUUCCCACCACUCUACUCAAGCGUCGAUCAUUCGAUACCCAGAAGUUAGAGGGCACUUUCACCGACGACGCCGAUAAACAGAGUUUUGCUCGGUGGAGGAAUUGCGAUGUAAUCAUUGUCUAUGACUCUGCCGCAGCUGACCCAAAGGAUGCAGCACCUCUUCUCAACGUUCUCAAUAAAUUCCAGGCAGAAGACUGGAAGGGAGAGGGCUUGAUAUUACGAAACGGGUUUCAGGGUUUCACUGCUCGGUUUCCCCAUCUGAUUCGACGGUCCCAGACGCAAACGACUGGCACAUCCAAACGCCCUUCUCCCAUGAUCAUUGACAUGCAAUCUGUUGCUCCUGUCGUCGGCGGUUGCGCUCUACCGGAAUCAUCCUCUGCAGCCAAUCCCUUUUUUGGAAACAUUCGACAGAAUAUGGAUCUUCUGGGUGGAGUCGGCCAGGUCGCGUUGAAACAGCCCGAUCACUUAACGGAUGCGAAGCGACAGAAACUGCCGUCCUGGUUGCGGGGCGCCUCUGACACAAAGGACCAAGGGCAUAUUGUCUCGGACAAAUUCUUGGCUUUAGAGAAGACGGAACUAGAACGCAUGAAACAGGCGUUAACUUAUGAAGGUCCUUCAGCGGAUUCCGAUAGCGGGCAUAAGAAAUAUCGCGUCGCAGGGAUUGAGAAAGGCACGAAGAAUCGUUACAAUGACAUUUAUCCAUUUGAUCAUUCCCGCGUCCGACUCGAGGGGAUUCCUUCUGGGGCCUGUGAUUAUGUGAACGCAAAUCAUAUCUCAGCUGAACUUAGCAAUCGGAAAUACAUCGCCACACAGGCCCCCGUUCCUGAUACGUUCAAUGACUUUUGGCGCGUGGUAUGGGAGCAAGAUGUUAGACUUCUCGUCUCUCUCACGGCAGAGGUUGAGCGAGGACAGGUGAAAUGUCAUCGAUAUUGGGAGUCUGGGAAUUAUGGUCCCUUUGAGGUCAAGGCCUAUUCGGAAAAGCAAAUCUCCAUUGAAUCAAAGGGCAAACCCAUCGAUCCAACCGUCGGUGAUCCCAAGGCAUCGGCCGAACAAUCUGACGGGACAAACGAAAACCCAGUCAUCACCGUACGCCAUUUCAGCAUUCGCCAUACGUCGUUUCCCUUCCAACCGCUCCGUGAUAUCACGCAACUCCAGUAUCCUUACUGGCCGGAUUUCGGGACAACGUCCCAGCCUACACAUCUUCUUCAUCUGAUUGAGCAGUGCAACAAGGUCAUUCGCGCCACCAGCAACACCAGCUUUGGUAGUCAGGAAGCAGAACCGAAGGGUCAACGACCAAUCCUGGUGCAUUGCAGUGCAGGCUGCGGUCGAACGGGCACUUUCUGCACCGUCGAUAGUGUAUUGGACAUGUUGAAACGUCAACGUGCACAAGCCGCCGGUGGGGAAGACAUGGAUCAGAAUCCCAUCGAAUCUUCCGAAUGGAUCAAGGAUUACGAUCUCGACUUAAUCGAGAAGACCGUCGAAGAUUUCCGAAAACAAAGACCGAGCAUGGUACAGAAUCUGAGUCAGUUCGUGCUCUGUUAUGAGAGCGUGCUCGAAUGGCUCGCUUCUGAUAUGAAGUAG